CAUGUACUCCGUAACUAUAGAAUGAUGGAUGAUCACGUUGAACAUUCGUCACGUGCUGUAGAAGUAAUCAAGUGAGUGAGCAACCCUUAGAAUCUCCAUUCUCAACCUCUUCUCUUUCCAAACCGCUGGCUCGCCAUCGAUUCGACCCGUCCGCACCAAAGGAGUUAUACUUAAGCAGAAACCGUCCCCAGAAAGCAGCCUUCACAAUUGCCCAGUUUAUUUUUAUAAAGACCUUGACCAGACGACUAGCCAUUGACACUUCUGAGAAACCACUACUUAUUAUUAUUGGGGGUUACAAACGAUGUCCGGUAUCGAAAUUCUGGGGGUCAUUGCUGGCACACUUCAACUUGCAGAAAUUGGAGCGAAGCUUUCGGUGAAGCUUUGCUUAUUUUACCGCGAAAUCAAGGAUGCAAACCAGUCCAUGCAAAGUCUGUCCAGCCAUAUGUCACUCACUUCCAACAUUCUCCACGAGCUUGGGAUAACUUUACAGCAGGACGAACAUGUCAAAAACUGUUCGGAGCAGAUGAUCCUUAGUGCUCAAGACGUCCUGGAUGAAUGUAAGACGGUUUUUAAGCAUAUCGAAGAAACGAUAGAGAAGCAAAAGCCAGGGGACGAGAAGGGCUUCUUGCAGCGCGGAAUUCGGAAAAUCACUGUCGCAUUACUCGAACGCGAUCUGGAUGUAUUGAAGAGCGCUUUAGAGCGACUCAAGUCGACAAUGCUGCUCAUGCUACAGGUUCUCAUGUAUGCUGCACAACUUCGCAGGAGGACUGAAUUCCAUGUGCUCGAGAAUCAACAAUUAUUAAUACAAACGCUCCUGGAGGAAAAAAAGGGAAGUGAGGCCAGAUCUAACCGGUCUGGGGAACUUGCGAGACCAGCUGAAUUAUUUGAUUACAACGAUGCUUUACAGCUGCAUGCAUCUGCCACAAAGCCGGAGGGAAGCCUAGUUUCUCAUCCAUUGGUCUCUAAUGAACUUAACAAAUACUAUACCUUCAUUAAGCAAGUACUUCGGCAAAUCGACGCAUAUCGGCUUGAUUUUAGUGACGAUCGAUUUUUCAGAGUCAGAAAUGGCAUAUUGAAUGUGCAUUUCACCGAGGUUGAACUGUUACAAAGCCAUUAUGGAAAUAAAGCGAUUGAAGUCUUCAAAGACUCGAUUUUCGAGUUACAGAACGAUCACUCUACAAACCCCUACGAUUCAAAACAAGCACGCCAUAACCCGUCUGACCCCUUUGCAUCGUCGGCGAUUGGGUUUACCCCAAUCACUGAAGCAGAUCGUGUAAAUAAUCCCGAACCUGGGGGAAAGCUUCCUUGUCCGAUCGAGGACGUCCCGACCAGAUGCUCAAGCCCUAUAGUCAAGGUGGAAUCAUAUUCCCGCGGGAAUUCGUCCACUUGGGAGUGUUCUUUCCCUUCCACCUCGGGUGUGUCCGACCAGUACCACGGCGAAGAUAUCGGGGAUUAUGAGCAACCUGAUAAAAUUGCCGACCAGUUGGUGAACGACUCAUGGGAAAACUUGGUGCUGUACUGGACCACACUCACCAUACACGAGAUCCACCCCCCGGUUCAGUCCAACAUCAUGUGAGCCUGAGACGAAAUAACCGAAGGAACAAACUGAGUUGUAGGGAUGCGCUGUUGUAAAAACGAUCAAACCCAGACGUAUGUGAUUUGUGAGUAAGUCACAAGCUGUCAUUGCACUGCCUCCCAUUCCUGUCUGGGUAUAUCAAUC